AUUUGAGUUAUCAUUUGAAGCCAAAAAAGCAAAAAACAGUGAGACAAUAUGGAAGUCUGCAAUUACAGCAAGCAGCAGAAGCUGUGGCUGUUGUCAAAAAUGGUUGUUUGUUGUGUAAUUUGUGCAGAGUCGGUGCGUCACGGGCUAACGCCGCCGAGCACUACGAAGCUGACGGAGCUCUUCCCACGACAUGGGUAUGAGGACAAGUUCUUAGAUUUUUAUGGGGGGAAGAAUGUGCAGAAGGUGAAUAAUGGCUCUGCUGUAAAUCUCCUGCUUGAUAAGUCUUCAGGGUCGGGUUAUAGGUCGAAGGAUGUAUAUUAUCAUGGUUUUUUCAGUGCUGCCAUCAAGCUUCCUUCUGGUUUCACGGCUGGAGUUGUGGUGGCCUUUUAUAUGUCAAACAACCAAGUAUUCAGUAAA